GUAGUCCACGUCCAACGAACAAACAAAAACAAGCAAAGGCAACAAGAAGCGACGAUGAGCAGCACGACGACCGACUCGUUCUCGGAAGGGUUGCUGAACGAGGACCAGGAGACGCUCAGCUAUGUGCCGAGCUGUGACCUGGCGCAAACAGUGUCCCUCACCAUACACAGCUUGCAGGGCGGCCAGAACGACAAUGAGCCCAUGAUGGACGAUGAGUACCUCUUCUACGCACUGCAGCGAAGCGGCAUUCCAGAGGUGUCCGUGGAGUGCAUGCUGACAUCCGGCAGCCACACGCUCGGCUUUCCACGCGAGACUUCGUACUGCCCUUCAUCUUCGCACCCGACAUGGACCGAGGACAUUCAGCUGCCGCUCCUGUACAGCGAUCUUCCUCGCAACACGUGCUUGGACUUUUCCAUCUGGGACACGCGCGGGCCAGCCAUGCGGAAGAAAGUGGGCACCGCGUCUCUGCCCAUCUUUGACGAGUGCGGAACACUGCGCACCGGAAGACAAUACGUCGAGGUCAAGCAGCCCGACACCCCACCAGCCGCCAAGUCUGUCCGCAAAGACGUGCAGAAAGUGCAGCAGCUGAUUUCACAGUACAAUGCGGGGCGGAUGCUGCAUGUUGAGUGGCUUGACGAGCUCACAAACAGCCGGCUCGCCAGCGAAAUCGAGGACCUGCUUGCCGCGUCGACGGUGUCAUAUCUUGUGGUGGACCUACCCCGUUUCCCCUCAGAUGUCCUCUUCUGCGAAGACAGACUCGAUACUGUCGAGCACAUGAAGAUGCUGCGGGAGAACGAGGACCCUGAGAUGAUGUUCACGGAGAAUCUUGUCGAGGUGAAGCACCACCAGCAGAUGCGCAGCCGCCGUCGCGGUUUCCUCGACCGCGAUCUCAAGCCAACGCCCUCCACCCGGGACAAGCUUGCCGAAAUCAUUCGCAAAUCUGUGACGGAACCGCUUGUGCUGGAGGAGAAGGAUCUGCUCUGGCGGUACCGCUUCUAUCUCUCCCGAAAUGCGCACGCGCUUCCAAAAGUUCUUCGCGCCGUCGACUGGUCCUCCCCAGCCGAGGCGAAGCAGGCGCAGGAGACGCUCGAGGCGUGGGAGCCGAUUGACACGCACACGGCGCUCGGGCUGCUCGGGAAGGACUUUGAGCACCCUGUGGUCCGCAGUUACGCCGUCAAGCGGCUGGCUGAGGCGGACGAUGAGGAGCUGUCGCUGUAUCUGCUGCAGCUGGUGCAGGCGCUCAAGUACGAGCCGUGGUCCCUGUCCCGCUCAGUCGACGGCACAACAACACACGCGCACGACGAUGACGACGAUGUCGAUGAUGACGCCCACCGCCAGCCAGUUCACCAGGCUAUGGGCGUUUCGUGGGCACCAGGCCAGAUGCAACGGCUUGCUAAGCAACAGUCCGCCCGCGCAAAACCGCAGAACCAGCUCCGCUCGCUCCUCUUCGAACGCGCAAGAGAGAACCCAGAGUUUGCACAAACACUGUAUUGGUAUCUGCACGUCGAAGAGCACGAUCGCGAGCGCCAGGUCGAACACGCAGACUUCUACGGCCAAAUCCGCAAGCAGCUCAUGGCGAUGCUAAAUGGUGGUGGCCCUCGCCAGCGCGAAAUUGAACGCGCCAUCAACGCAUCCGCACGAUUUGUCAAACAACUGUGUUCGCUUUCAACAGAGAUUGCGGACAUGGAAGGCAACCGCCCGCGCAAGGUUGCCAAGCUGCGGGAGAUGAUUGAGCAGUCACCACAAUUCCAGAACAUCAACGCUCCACUUCCCAUGGACCCUGGCGUGAUUGUCAAGUCCAUUCGCCAUGAUGAUGCGCACAUCUUCAAGUCUGCGCUGAAGCCGCUUGGGCUGACGCUGGAGACGAACAAGGGCGAAUACGGCAUCAUCUUCAAGAAUGGCGAUGAUCUACGACAGGAUCAACUGGUGCUGCAGGUCAUUACGCUCAUGGACCGGCUGUUGAAGAAGGAGAACCUGGACCUGAAGCUGACACCGUACCGGUGUCUGGCGGUGACACCUGUCUUUGGAAUGCUGCAGCGCAUUCCAUCGGAGGCAAUGGCGCGCGUGCUUGCGGAAUAUGGCGCCAACCCCAUCCAGUCCUUCUUCAAGAAGAAAUAUGCGGACGACGACGCGCCGUAUGGCCUCAACAAGGAGGUAAUGGACAGCUAUGUUCGCAGCUGCGCCGGGUAUUGCGUCAUCACGUAUCUCCUUGGCGUCGGUGACAGGCACUUGGACAACCUGUUGCUGCGGGACAACGGGCUGCUGUUCCACGUCGACUUUGGAUACAUCCUCGGACGCGACCCAAAGCCGUACCCGCCACCCAUGAAGCUCACAAAGGACAUGGUUGAGGCGAUGGGCGGGGCGUCGAGCGAGGAAGUGAAGCGGUUUCGGUCGCACUGCUUCAACUGCUUCCUCAUUCUCCGCAAGAACGCGUCGCUGAUCCUCAAUCUCUUUGCCCUCAUGAUCGACAGCAACGUGCACGACAUCAGUCUUGACCGCGACAAGACCCUUGUCAAGGUGGAGGAAAAGUUUCGGUUGGACAUGGAUGAUGAGGUGGCUGUGAAAUAUUUCAAGGAAUUGCUUGACAAUUCUCUCGCUGCGUUGUUUCCACGUGUUGUCGAGGCCGUGCACACGCUCGCACAGUACAUGCGCAAGUGAAGGGGUAACCCUUCCGUCAUUGGCCCUGUUGCUGCCCUUGGUGUUUUGCUUCCUUGCUACUUCGUUCUUGCCUGCUACGUGAACCAAUUGCCACUCGUUACUGGCCCUCGCGCCGCUGUUCAUCGUACGAGCACAUGAGUUGAACACACGAAAACAGAAUGAUGGGUAUAUGUGCAUCGUGCCUGA